AUGACGCUGAUGGUGCCGCGCUCGAUUGUGCUGGCGGCCAUGGUCGUGAGUUUUACGCGAGGCACUGACAAGGUCUGCACCUUCGUGAAUGAGCCGAAGAUACCCUACUUCUGGGAUGAGAAAUGCGUGGUGGAGUCCCUGGGCUGCUGGGCGGAUGGCGUCCACGCGCAGUGCCGCUUCUGCGGCAAGGCUCCUUAUGUGCCCAUUGAUUGCCCGCCGGAUGCGACGGUCCCCCUGGUGAAGGAGUGCAACUUCAAGAACCCUCCGGU